UUACAUGCUUUAAACUUGCUGGUAAAUUAGCAUAGAUGAGAAACCUAAAGCAAGACAAGUUUGUAUUUGUCUUCUACAAGUUAGCUUCACCUGGCAGUUUACUGAGACAAUUCAAUGAUUUGUACAAAUGAAAUUGUAACCGACGGGAACGAAGUUACGAAAGUGGGAGGAAACGUGUAAAUAUAAGUGAGCUUAUAUGACAGGUAUUCUCAAGUUGAUACCGGAUAUCACUUAUGUAUCCCUAGAUUGGCAUGCAUACGAAACUAACACUGAAAUGUGUUUACAUGUAGUUACUGCAACUACCAAUAUUCCAUUUCUAGGGUACUUUAUAUUGUGUGGUCCCAGAAAAUAUACAUAGCUCCACCACAAUGGAGGGGUUGUGUUGGGGGGUAGGGGUGGGAGGGAUCAAAAGGCCCAGGAAAUUUCCAUUGGGCAGUGGGGCUGGACAGCUGACUUAGCUUCCAGAUGCAUGCCCUUCAAUUCAAUACGGAUUAGUCAUUCAAAAAUUUAACAAGUGCAAAGAAAUUGAUGUAGUCAUUUUAUAGACCAAAAAGCACUGUUGACUUGCUUAGUUAGGUUUUUUUUGCACAUUAGUCGUCAUUCAGUUGACAGUCAAUUCCUUUCUUAAAUUGUGUCAUUAGUUGUGGUAGAAAUGAUGUUACUCUUUCAAAAACUUGAGAAUUUGUUCUCUUAUUUAUUUCAUCCAUUUGUAUAUAAUUUUGUUCUUUAAAAAAGGCUUUGUGAAGACAGAAAUUUUCUGAGAAACCAACUAAAAAUGCCAGAAAUUACCAGAGCAGGAUCAAAGGAAUAGGAAUGUGAGGUUCCUUUGUUCUGGGAAUUCUUUUUUUCUCUCUUUCUGGUCAUAAGAGCUUGUGUAAGGGUCUGUCAAACUGCAAAUGAUUGAUAAGGAAACUUGCAAUUUUUGGUACCGAUUGAAAUAAUGUUUCAAGUGAUGUUUUGAUGCUUAGAUAUGACUGACAGUGUACUUAUGCAGCCUUCUCAAAAUGGGCCAGCAGCUGGCUCAACGAACUGCCUCCUCUGGGAAUUUGACUGUCUCCUUGCCGUCAGAAAAUGAAUUAUUUUUACUAACAACAAGAGGAAAAGAAAAAAGAAAAAAGAAAAUGGAAAGAACUGUUAAACCUGAAAGGAAAGUCCCUGAACAUUAUUCAAAAGGGUUAAAAGCGCUUGUUUAGCGUGCAUCCGUUAUUUUAAACACAAACAUUCUGAUCUUUCUUCAAUCUUCGAUAAAGAAAGCAGAAAUAUUCAUCGAAUCAGAUAAAACCAUGUCAAUUUCACGUCAAGGACUGCUCACAAUCAGAAAGUAAUUUAUCUGGGUUUUACUGUGUCAUUUACAGUUGUGUCGUGCAAUGGGAGGAGAGUAUUUUAAAGCGUUAAAAACUUAUGGCAGAGAAUUGAAAACGAAAACCCACACCCGGUUCAGGGAUAACUUCCUACUUUGCCAAAGAGCAAAGGAAGGAUGGUAAGUACUUCUUUCAGUAGAAUAAUACAGCAAUCUUUUGCGUCGAUUUUGCACAUGCUGGUGGCAGCGAAUGAAUAAAUUAGUUGUAUAAAAUAGAAAUGGUCGUUAAAAAUGUUAAAAUAUACACUAUAUAUCUUAACAUAAUCAGAGCCAUCUUUAACACAAACAGCAAAUGGUAUCUGGACUUUACAAAAGGCUAGGCGAAGCGUUUAUUUUUGUUUUUAGUCUCUCUUUUUUGAAAUUCACGCUUUGCUGAAUUUUCCGCUUGAUUAAACUUGUGGGAAUUGCGGUGCGACACUGUCUCAGAAAGAUUGCUUUGUUGAUUUGACCGCCUGGAUUUGCGUUUCUCGGUGGAUUUAUAAAUGAAACUCCACUUGUUCAAACACUGAAAUAAUCCUUUAAAACAUUAACACAAUGUAAAUAACAAGUUUGGAAAAUAAAAAGAGCAACUUCUUAAGACACUCACGUGAAGUCGUGAACCAAAGAGUCAAAAGUAUUGCAAACAAAUUUAAACAGCUGUUAUAAUUUAAUUAGAAUGAACAGUAUCGCGUAACACGAUAUUGAUAUAACAAGUAAAAAGUGGUUUCAAGAUAUCUUAAAAGGGUUUUAUUGUUUCUAAAUUCCUGAAACCUUGCAAAAGGUUUCACCGGUAAAAAACAGGUUGGGUGACGUGCACACGACUAAACAGUCUUCAGUGUAAUUUCCUGGACCCUCAAACAAUGUGUUAAAAUGACCGUGAAAUAGAGGCCAUGUGGCAAUACAAUAGUUGAGGAUUUAGAGAAAAAAUACAGUAAUACAAAUCUUGGUUAGCUGAGGAAGAGCCGUAACCUGUGUUGAAAAUUGCGUCUGCAUGAAUUUGCAAAUGAUGGCAAUCUCUGCAAUUUAUAUCCUGGCAACAAAUAACUCAUUGAUAACUGGAAGUAAUAUAUUUCAAUGAUGAUUUUUUUAAUCACAUUCAAUCCAUGCUCCACAUUUCACGGCCAUUUAAUUACUAUAAAGACAAGAAAGAAAAAGACACAAUUUCAAUGAAAAUAUACAUUAAUCUGGUCAAAGGCAAUGAACAAAGAAGGGAUGGCAAUAAUGUUACUGCAGGUGCUUCCACCACCCAGGAAGUAGAAAGCAGGACAGGCAUGGGAGAUGAUUCACCAGUUUCCACCCUUCAUCAGAUGUCCUGUAGUUCUACACCAAGCUCAUCCACCCAAGCUAAAUCGGUGGCCUAACAACCUUCUUGUUCAAGUUCUCUUGAGUGCAAAAGAAUGUCAAGAUCUAAUAGGUCAGUUCUUUGGUACUGACAAAGUUGUGCACAGCUAUUACACAUGUCCUUCCAAACUGUGCAGUAGCUUAAGAGAGGAAGAGAUAGCAAGACUUCAGCAACAGAAGAAGAAGUACAUUCAUACUUGGCACCAAGAGAAGGAAAAUCGUUGCCUUUGUUUUGUAGAGAGUGAAGGGAUGUUCUGCCUAUUAUGCAAGAAGCAUGCACUAAAAACAGUGCAAAAUAAAGAAGAAUCAGCCUUCACUCAAACAGCAAGUAUGAGAUUAAAGUAUGACGCCCUUAAGGUACAUUGUGGUUCUGAUCGGCAUCGUAAAGUAGCCAGUCAAGAGCUCUUACAGCACAUGUCUGUAUUCCACAAAGAAGUGGUGGAAAGAAGAGAAAUUGCCAAAGACGUGAAUCAACUCAAGUACUUCAACCACAGUUCUGAAGGAUCAAUGGGAGAAAUCUUCCUCAUCUUGGGAGAAACAGUCAAGGAAGAAAUAGUUAUCAGUGUGCAGCAGGUCCAAAGUUAUGGACUCAUGGUGGAUGAGGUAACCAACAUCUGUGUCCAAUCUCAAAUGCUUACAUUCAUCCAGUUUGUAAGCCCUGUCACAUCUUCCAUGGAAAUUGCAUUUCUGUCAGUGCAAAACAUCCUAGAGGAAUUUUCAAGUGCUAACGCUGAUGCCCUGACAUCCCUUAUCAAGGAUGAGUUGGUACAGCAGUGUGGUUUAAGUCUUAAAAAUCUGAAUGGCCUUGCAACAGGUGGGGCUGCAGUGAUGAUUGGCAAAAAUAAUGGUGUAGCAGCACAGCUUAAAGAGCUAAACCCAGUCAUUAUCAAUGUUCACUGUAUUUGUCGCAAAUUGGCCUUAGCUCGCACUGAUACUAACAAGGAGAUUGCCUACAUCAAGUGAGUGGAGAACACACUGUGUGAA